AACUUCGCCUGCAGGCUGCUCGGCGCUCGCGACUUACCGAGAUACCAUCGCGCUGAUGGUGCGCGCAUCGCCAUCGAUACUCUCGUCGUCGUUGCCAUCAUGGCUAUCCCUCAGCUCACUGUCGAACAAAACCUCGUCAAACUCCGCCAGCCCUCUAUCGAGUGCUCGAUCUACAAGGAUACGGACCUCACACCCGACGCCUUCGCCGUCUUCGAGCCCGCGCAGCCCCUCGGACUGAACCCCGCGUACUCGGCGACCACCGGCCAGCUCGUCUGCCUCGCCAUCGCGAGCGAUCGCCACGCCGUGAUCAUCGAGUUCUUCGCCGGCGAGCGGCCGUCCCGCACGGGUCGCGCGUCCCCCUCCGAUGACGCCGUCGCCGGGCGCGGCGUCCUCCAGGAGUAUGUUCUUGCGCGAGACGCGGGACAGACCUACGCAUUCGACUACGGCCCCCUCGCCAUGGCCCUCUACACCGACAUCGGCGUGCGCGUGAAGAACGGGCUCGACGUACAGUCCGCGUGCAAGGAGUCCGCGCCGACGCGCAAGCACGUCGACGUCGCCAAGGCCCUCGUCGGGGAGGAGCGCGUGUACGAGAACAACCUCAAGCGCGCUGCGGAGCAAACCAAGUUCGAGAUCAACGCGCCCACCAACCGCCGCUGCUCCGCGCUUGUCCCCCUCGCGUGGCUCGCGCAGUUCGUCGCGACGUACGAGGGCGGGCUGACAUCGUUCGCUGAGGUUAAGCCAAUUGAUAGCGAGAGGUUUACGUCGGCGUACCUUGACGUGAUCAGCAAGAUCGCGAAUGACUCGCGUCGCAUGGAGCAGAACGAGCCCAACCGCAAGAAGCACGCGUUCAAGCGCGACAGCGGAGGAGGGAUGAUGGACGACCCGAGCCUUAAGGUCAAGGCAGAGAAGUACUCGCAGCGCUUUCGCGCCGGCCAGGACGUGCAGAUGGUCGUCCAGACGAAGUCCGGUGGCCGAUACAUGACCUCCGCCGCCGUCGAGGAUGCGCGCGGCAAGGGCGCCAGCCUCAAGACUGCGCUCUCGAUCAACGAGGACCAGAUCAUCAAGACCUUGGUCUCGGUUGGCAAGGACGACCCCACCCUCGCUGAUAUGAAGCGCGCCGCCGUCAUACUGCAGAUCUUGCAGGGCGAGAUUGACCUCCUGUCAGACAACCCAUGGGUGCAGAACAUCUGGCUUCGCCCCACCCUUGCUUGGCCUGAGGAGUGGUCUACCAAGUCUGCUUCACCCCCUACAUACAACCUAGACCGACCUCCGGGCACUGGCAAAACAUCAGCUGCUACAGUCCAGCAAUCCAUUGCGGCUGGCAAGAAGGGCAUCUGGCUCGUUGCCCAGUCCAAUGUGGCUGUCAAGAAUAUCGCGGAGAAGCUGGAGAAAGUUGGAUUCCAUAGCUAUCGCUUACUAGUCUCUACAGACUUCUACCAUGACUGGCAUGAGCAUAUCUACGAUUCUGUCAAGGAGAACCUCAUCACCUCUGACCGCUUCCUGAAGCUCAGGCUGAAGGAUCUGAAGGGUGUUGAGCCUGCUUUAUUGGAGAUGACAAGCAGUGUGAUGCCCCCAUUUGGCCAAGAUGAGCUUGAGGAGCUCCAGAGCAUCUUUGAGGUCCCACACCUCCACGACAAUCUUGGAGAUUUCAUCUCCAAGGCUGUGUACGAGGGCAGAUUGAAGUCCAAUCCCAAUCAUAUCAUCAAGAAUGAUGUAAUUGCUGUCAAGGUAGUAGAUGCAGAAGGCUCUGAGCAGCCAUCUGGGGACAGCUACCAGGUAUGCUUUUGCCUUGUUUAUCAAUUGAUUCUGACUUUGCAAUAG